ACUGUAUUGUAAAACUUUUUGCAACAGCAGGAAAAACUUCUAUGUAUAAUAUUGUGAAAUAGGCGCACGAAAAAACCCACUUAUAAUUAUUUGUAUUUAUUUAGAAGUUAAACAUAAAGUUGGUAUAUAUACCUAUAUUUACGACGCAGUUAAGGAGAGUUAGGAGUGCCUAACAUAUAUGUAGUGAGUUAGUAGAUCGUCCACUUAAACUGUUGCAUUAGAAAUAUAUACCUGUGAUAACGCAUAAUUGAAUUUCUUGAAGAGCCUGCAAGUGUCUUUUGCAGUAAAAAUUGAGUUAUUCCCAAAGGCCACAGAAAAACAUGGAUCCUGUUUGUAGCAGUGAUUUUAAUUUUGCAAGCAUUGUGCAGUAUAGAACUGAAAGGGAAAACAUAUGUGAUGCAGAAGGUACUCAUACAAUGCAUGAUGACGAGGAAACUGAUACAGAAACCAUAACCGAUUCAGACUGGGAACAAUUUGAACCUAUCAUUAAGUUCAAUAAUCCAAAACAAAAAUGUUUUAAAUCCAUAACAUAUGACGAGCAAAAGAAUUAUACCUAUAGAAAAAUAGUUUCAAAGGAGAAAGAGGAAAGAAAAUUGCCCUCUUCAUAUUACAAAUUGGAUAAGUCUACAACUCUUCUGUUAGAGAAGCUAAUAGAUGUGCGUUCCUUAGGACCAUAUCAUGAUGUGGUUGGGAAAGGUAGAAGCUCUAUUGUUAUUUCUGCUGGUUACAGUAAUAUUAAACACUUCAUGUCUUCUUUUUGUCAAUCAUUUUUUCAUGCUGUCAAGAUAUACAAAUUGAGCCAUGAUGAAAAUUUAAACAAAGCUAUAUAUAAGCGAACUAAGAGAGAAUUUGAAAAUAUGAGCAUUUUAAGAAGCCGCUGUUUGAUACAUGCUGUUCCUUACCCUGUGUGUUACCACAAUAAUAUUUUAGUUAUGUGCAUGGUUGGAUCAAGCAAUGAACCUGCUCAUCAUUUGGCUAGCUAUCCCGCAGACCUUUGUGAAGAUAUUUACCAUAAAAUAGUAGCAGGUCUGAAAGGCUUUUACAGAUUUCAGACUGUACAUGGAAAAUUAUGUGCUGAAAAUAUUUUGAUUUGGCGUGGCAACCCAUAUUAUGUAGGAUGGUCACAUUCUGUAGAGACACAUGAACCAGCUGCUCCUAAAAAAUUGAUAAAAGAUUGCUAUUUUGUUACAAAAUUUUUUAAAAGCAAGAAUGUUAAGGUCAUGUCAUCAGAGGCCCUGUUUAAACAUGUCUCAGGUUUCAAAGACAUUAGUCCUGAAGUAUUGGAUGUUUUAUACAAGAAAGAACAACAAAAAGUCAAAUGCCGUGGGAACCCAAACAGAGCACGAGAAUUCAGUGCACCCAGUGGGAAUUGUCGAUUUAAAUGAUAACAUUUGGAUUAGAAAUAAUAGUAUUUUUGUGAGCUGCUCUGCAGCGGCGCCACCAUAAUGAAUACCAAUGAAUUAUAUGGUGAAAUGAUGUACCUAAAAGGUACAUAAUGUACCUAUGAUGUUUAUGGCUGUACCUGUGAUAGGAAACGAAAUAAUCGGCAUUGAAAGUGGCGCCACACAGUACUCAUAGAUAGAAAUGAUAUUAGCUAUUUUUUUCUUAUGUAAAUUGAUGUACUAAUGCUGUUUAUUGCGUAGCUAUUUAAAAAAAGAUUAAAUGUAAAUAAAGUCACUAAUCAUUGCAAAAAACCUUUUUUUCAAUAGGUACGUAAUAAACAGCAUUAGUACAUCAAUUUACAUAGAAAAAAAAUAGCUAAUAUCAUUUCUAUCUAUAAGUACCUUUUAGGUACAUCAUUUCACCAUAUAAUUCAUUGGUAUUCAUUAUGGUGGCGCCGCUGCAGAGCAGCACACGUAUUUUUGACUGGUGGUUAAGCUAUGUUUUACCAAUAAA